AUGUCAGCUUUAAAAGAGGAGUGCGAAAAUGAGUUGGCCUCGACUUCAUUGGACUUCAAAGCGGAUGCGAGUUGUUCGGAAUUCCUCUCUCAACUCUGCAAGACCUUUGGCAACGAAUCUUUCUCCUCGCUGGCGGAAGAAAUGCCAAAUCUGAACGCCGAGUCCCAGCCAACGCACGGCGUCCUAGUGCCGUCGAAGAAGAGGACGAGUAGCAAUUUUGCCUACACUAUGGCUCUACAGGACUACACGUAUCACGUGUGCUAUCGGCGUCAAACGCCGCGCGGCGAACGGGUCUAUUGGCGUUGCCAGCUGCGUUCCGGUUGCAAAGCGCGCCUGAUUACCGACCUGAGCGGGAAGAUUAUGCAAUUCACGAACCCCGAACACACUCACGACCCACCAAAGGGCGGGAAGAUUGACAAAACCUCGAUUAUGAAUUUCUCGGAUAUUAGUGGCAAGAAGAACAAAUUCCCUCAAGUUUCACCUCAAAUUCUCGGAAACAUGAACCCCGCAUUGUUCGCAACACAAAGCCAAGCGCCUUUGGAGAUGGCCACGGAGAAAACGAAGGAGAUUUUGAGCAUGUUCAACGAGGAACCGACCGAUUAUUCGGCUGUACUACAACACAUCUUGAAUAUGGGCGCGAAGGAGGAGUUUGAUCAGGAUUUUGUGAAAGGAACGUCGACGAAUCAAACUCCCGAGCCGGACGACAGCACAAGCUCCAGUGAUCAGCAUUCCAAUUACGACGACGUUAGUGGCAGUUUUGAUAAGGUAAAUGAUCUAAAAUAAGGUGGAUAUUGGGGAGGAUAUGCGGGAAACGAGUUGAUUGUUGAUGCUUCUUGUCGAAUGAGGAUUGAGCUUACUGUUGAGUGAGUUUCUAAGGCUUUGGGAGCCAUUGGAGGUAGAUUUGACCUUAUUUUAGACUGGUAGAGGUAGAAAACAUAAAAUAAGGUGGAUAUUGGGGAGGAUAGGUGGGAAACAAGUUGAUUGUUGAUUUUUAUUGUCGAAUUAGAGUUAAUAUUUAUGUUUAAUGAGUUUCGAAGGGUUUGGGAGCGAUUGGAGGUAGAUUUGAUAUUAUUUUAGACUGGUAGAGGUAGAAAACCUAAAAUAAGGUAAGAAUAGUCAACGCCAAGGGGAAAACUUGUUGAACAUUGGUGCACAUUGUCUUUUGAGGGUCAUUCUCGCUAGUUAUAUGGGUUUUAGGGGAAUUAUAAAGGACUUAUUACACUUCUGACCUUAUUUUAGACUGUUAGAGGUAUAGAACCUAAAAUAAGGUGGAAGUAUUCAAAGCCAAGGGGAAAACUUGUUGAACAUUGAUGCCCAUUGUCUUAUGAGGGUCAGUCUUUCUAUUUAUAUAGUUUUUGGGACAAUUAGAAAGGACGUAUUACACUUCUGACCUUAUUUUAGGAAGCCUUGGGUAAACCACCUAAAAUAAGGUAGAAAUUGUGAAAAUUAUGAUGGAAACUGGGCGGCUGUGUAUGCAUAUCGAUGAACAGGGGAUAUUCUUACUAUACGUUGAAGUUGACAGGGGUAAAAUACGCUUUCGGUUGGGUAUACAAUUACUUUCAAGAAAAGUGAUGCAUAAACAAAGUUAAAAGUGCAAACACGAUUGAUUGUGGAUGUUUUGACGUCUAGAAAAUAUGCACUUGGCUUUUGUUGAUUGACAGUUGAUUAUUUGGCGAAUUUAGGGAGAGGUUUGGUAUUGCUUUGAGUAAAAACAUGACUUUGAUACCUAAAAUAAGGUCGAAAUGGUAAAAUACGACCAGGAUUUUGUAAUCCACCUAAAAUCUAAUCUAAAAUAAUGUGGAAAAAGUUUUAGUAAAAAAAUCAAAAAAUCUUUUAUGAACAAGAUUGCUACUGAGAUUACAGCGUCGUAUUUGACAAUCUCAGAGAGUAAAACCUAGAGCUAUUACCAAAAGGUUUUUAAAAAAUCUAAUUUUUCCAAAAGAAAUACCCAAAAAUUUAAGUUUUUUUCAAAUUUUUUGGCUUCAUGGAAACUCGGCAGAUUGGAAGUGGACAGAGUGAAACUCGACAGAAGGAAAUUGGACAGAGUAUGGAAAUUGGACAAAGGGAAACUGGAGAGAGAGAAACUCGACAGAUUUUUUUCACUGCAAUCUUACGAAAUGUCACCAUUGAAUUUUUUCGUAUCAAAUUUUUUGCAGUGAAAAAAACCCUGUCGAGUUUAACUCUGUCUAGCUUCCCUUGGUCCAAUUUCCAUACUCUGUCCAAUUUCCUUCUGUCGAGUUUCACUCUGUCCAAGUUCACUCUGUCGAGUUUCCAUGAGCCGAAAAAUUUGAAAAAAACUUUAAAUUUUGGGUAUUUUUUUGGAAAAAGUAGGUUUUUUAAAAAUUUUUUGGUAAUAACUCUAUUUUUUACUCUCUGAAAUUGUCAAAUACGACGCUGUAACCUCAGUAGCAAUCUUGUUCAUAAAAGAUUUUUCGUUGGAAAAUGUUACCCAAUCUAAUGUAAAACGUUUCCAGCCCUCUCCUCUGUCAGCCGACGAACGUUCCAAGUCCCUUCAGCCUCUGUUGGACGCGGGUUGGGCGCUGGUUUCGGGCCGCGACGCCAUCAAAAAGCAGCUCACGUUUGCGGAUUUCAAUUCCGCCUUUUCCUUCAUGACUGCCAUCGCUUUGCACGCCGACAAGCAUGAUCAUCACCCCGAAUGGUUCAAUGUGUAUAAUCGGGUAAGAAUUUUGCUGAUUUUGUCGUCGAAAAAUCGAUUUUUUGGAGUAAAAAAUGAUAAUAAUUCCCUCUCAAUUCCAGGUAGAAAUCACAUUGAGCUCGCAUGAUGCGAAUGGCCUCACUCAACGCGACAUUCGCCUGGCCAAUUUCGUCGAGUCCACGUACAAAAAAUUCCAAUAG